CACUCAGCCAGAAGAAGAAAAUGGGUAAACACCUUUGUGUGAUGGUGUUACUCUUAACUCAAGUGUUUGUGGGACUAUAUGGCGACAUUAUACAACUUCACCCAGUUGUAUCAGUUCAUGAUGGAGAUCCUGUGGUUUUGUCCUGCUUCAUUAAAACAGGACAAAUAAGUAUGGCAUUGUGGUACAAGCAAGUCACUGGAGGAGAACCACGUCUCAUUGUUUCCUCACUUCUCCAUUCAUCAAGAAGCCAAUUUCAUGAUGAAUUUAACAGCAGUCAUUUUGAAGUUGUAAGAGGGACUGACAGUUUUAAUCUGACAAUUGUAAAUGCCUUACAAUCAGAUUCAGGCACAUACUAUUGUGCUACAUCUUUCUCUAAUAUAAUUAAUUUUGGAAAUGGUACUCGUCUGGUUAUUAAAGGAGCAGAAAUCAGCAAACCCACGAGUCUAAAGAUGCCCAAGACUGAACUUGUUAAAUCAGAGGUAAACGUGCCUCUACAAUGUUCAAUCCAAAAUGAAAUAGUUAGCAGUGGAGGUGAAAAUCAUCUCUACUGGUUCAAACAUGGAUCAGACGAAUCUCCUCCAGGAUUCAUUCAUGUUCAUGGAAACACAAGUGAUGGAUGCGUGAGGAGCUCUGAAGCUGACUGUCUUUCACCGUCCUGUGAAUUCAUCCUUCCAAAGAAAAAGAUCAGUUCCUCACAAACGGGAAUUUACUGUGCACUGGCCACAUGUGGGGAGGCUUUAUUUGGAAACAUUUAUAAACACAAUCCUGACAACUUCAAUAACCAGAACACACACUUACUCUUUGUAAUUGUCCUCACGGUGCUCCUGACAUCAAAUAUUACCAUCAGUAUUCUUCUGUGUUUGAUGAGGAUACAUGAGUCUAUUAAUGCAACAGAAAGCACAUAUAAGCCGAUCCAGACUACUGAUAAUGAUGUGUCAGUAACUGAGUAUAAGGAAGAGGAAGUGAGCUUUUGUUCUUCACCCGUCAUCGCCAAAUGCUCAAAGAGUGAAAAGAAACACCAGCUUUAAGGACAUAUGAUAUUUGGGUUUGACAAAACAAGACCAUGGUGAAACAUUGUUGUAUAUUGGCUCAUAUUAAUCAUUAAAAACAUAAUUAUGAGUAAUUUAAGUAAGCCAGUUAUUUUCGAUAAACAGAAUAAAUUGUGUUCAAGUAGUUAUUAAUGGGCUGUACUGUAGCUAUUGUAAUGAUUGAAAAACCAGUCAAACUAAAUAACUUCCAAAAUCUAAUCGAAAUAAUUACAUGCUGUAUAAUAAUUUUAGUUUGAUUUGGUCAUAUAAUAAACAGUAACGGCUAUUACAGUUUACAUUGAAACAUUC